AUGGUGGACCCUCACCCCCUCACCCUUGUGGCACGUGUGGUGGAGUUCAUCACGGACCUGCAGAGCGUGACGGUGCUGGAAGGCGACACGGCCAAGUUCACGUGCGUGGUGACGCCGGAGGACGUGCGGCUGGCGUGGCGGGUGAACGACGCAGAGGUCGGGCCCGAUGAUGACCAGUACCUGGCCUCCCACAACGGCCUGUGCCACACCCUGCUGGUCCGAGCCUGCCGGGCCGGAGAGGGGGCCAAAGUGGAGGCGGAGGCCGAGGGAGUCGUCUCCAGCGCCAACCUCCGCGUGCAAGAGGCCCAGCAGCUGUUCACCAGGAAGAUGUCCAGCCUGGAGGUGGAGGAGCUACAGGAGGCCAGGUUCCAGGUGGAGGUGAGCUGUGAGACAGCGGAGGUGCGGUGGAUGCGGCAGGGAGUGGUGGUGCAGGCCACGGAACGGCUGCUCCUGCAGCGGGACGGCAGGACGCGGGCGCUGACCAUCGCCGCGGCAACCGCCGCUGACCGGGGCACCUACCGCUGCGAGACGCUGCACGACUGGACCCAGGCCAAGCUGAGCGUGGAGCCCCGGCGGGUCACCCUGAGGAAAGCGCUGGUGGACGUGGAUGCGGUGGAGCAGGAGGCCGCCUCCUUCCAGGUGGAGUUGUCCCACCCGGACGUGGAGGGCCAGUGGAUUAAGGACGGGGUCCGGGUCAAGCCGUGCCCCAGCCGGAGGGUCAGUGUGGCGGGGACAGUCCACGGCCUCACCCUCUCCCCGCUCACCCUGGACGACACGGGGACCAUCGCCUUCCAGACUGACGGCAUCCGCUGCUCCGCACGGCUCACGAACGACUGGGAGCUCAGGCCGGGCCAGAGCGUGCGGAUCUACUCCUUGGGGAAGAAGCGGGUAGUGCAGCUGGGAAGGUGCGGGCUGGAAGAAUCAGGAACGUAUACCUGCGACGUCGGUGACAGCAAGACCAGCGCCAAGCUGGAGGUUUACGAGCGGGAGAUCGUCAUCACGAAGCCGCUGGAGGACGUGGAGGUGCGGGAGAACGGUAACGCCGUCUUCGUCUGCGAAGUCUCGCACGAGGGGGUGAAGAGCGAGUGGUGGAAGAACGGAGAGAAAGUCAAGUCGAACAACUGCGUCAAGACGAGACAGGAGGGGAACAAGCACUUUCUCCUGAUCUGUGGGGCGCGGCCUGAGGACGCCGGGCAGAUCCGCUUCACGGCCAAGGACGUUGAGUGCACGGCUAACCUCAACGUUGAUGAGUUGCCGAUUAAGAUCGUGAAGCCACUGCGGGACAAGACAGCUCUGGAGAAGCACAAGGUGAUCCUGGAGUGCAAGGUGUCCAAGCCCAGGGCUCAGGUGCGAUGGUUCCGGGGCGGGCAGGAGCUGGAAGACGGUGACAAGUACCAGAUCAGCAGCGAGGACUGCUAUCGCAAGCUGGUCAUCCACGGCAUCACCCUCCAGGAUGAAGACACCUACACCUGCGAUGCCUUCGACGACAGCUCCUCGGCCAGGGUCCUGGUGGAAGAACAAGCCAUCCUGGUGGUGAGGGAGCUGCAGGACGUGGAGGUGACUGCCCCGGGCGAGGCCCAGCUGGAGUGCGAGCUGUCGGUGCAGGUGAUGAGAUCGCCACAGUGGAGCCUGAACGGGCAGCUCCUGACCCGCGGCCCGGGGGUGAGGAUGGAGACUGCGGGCACUGUCCAGCGCCUGGUCCUGACCGACACCUCGCCGGCCAUGAGCGGCCUGGUCAAGCUCACCGCCGGUAAAGCCAGGACCAGCGCCCAGCUCACCGUCAAAGCUGAGUAGACGGAGCAGAAUGAAGAGAGAUGCACACCACUUGGGAAGGUUCGCACACACCGACAACAGGUCAUCUGCAGACCCCCCCCCGGACUGACCCCCACCCACUACCCUCGGUGUGUGGGUUAGGCAUCUCGUUGUUGGCCCAAACAGACCA